CCAAGCGAGGGGGGGCCCGGGGCUGCGCCCCCUCCCCGCCGCUCUGACAGCCUGGAGGAGCUGCUGAACAAGGAGGAGGCGGGGCCGCCCCCGGCGCCGCCCCCCGCGCCCCCCGAGGAGCUCUGGGCGGAGCUGCUGGACGCGGCCACGCCCGUGCCCGGCUUCGAGCGGCUGCUGCCCGAGCCCGCCCACAAGUGGCCAUUCCAGCCAGACCCGUUCCAGCAGCGCGCUGCCCUGUGCCUGGAGCGCGGUCACUCCGUCCUGGUGGCCGCCCACACCUCGGCCGGGAAGACGGCGGUGGCCGAGUACGCGAUCGCGCUGGCCCGGAGACACAUGACCCGGUCCAUCUACACGUCCCCCAUCAAGGCCCUGUCCAACCAGAAGUUCCGGGAUUUCCGCGAGACCUUUGGGGACGUGGGGCUGCUGACGGGGGACGUGCAGCUGCGCCCCGAGGCCGCCUGCCUGGUCAUGACCACCGAGAUCCUCAGGUCGAUGCUGUACAACGGCUCUGACACCAUCCGGGACCUGGAGUGGGUGAUCUUCGAUGAGGUGCACUACGUCAAUGACAACGAGAGGGGCGUGGUGUGGGAGGAGGUGCUGAUCCUGCUGCCCGAGCACGUGAAGCUGGUGCUGCUCAGCGCCACCGUGCCCAACGCCCUCGAGUUCGCCCAGUGGGUCGGGCGCACCAAGCGCCGCUGCGUGCGGGUGAUCAGCACCCCCCGGCGGCCGGUGCCGCUGGAGCAUUUCCUGUUCACGGGCAACAGCGCCCGCACCCGGCACCAGCUGUUCCAGCUGCUGGGCCCGGGCGGGGCCUUCAGCACGCAGGGGUACUACGCAGCGGUGGAGGCCAAGAAGGAGCAGAGCAGCAAACACGCCCAGAGCUUUGGGGCACGGCAGCCCAGCAUGGGGGGCUCCAACCCCGGGCAGGAGCGGGGCGUGUGGCUGUCGCUGCUGGAGACGCUCCGCGAGCGGGAGCUGCUCCCCGCCGUCACCUUCACCUUCUCGCGGGGCCGCUGCGAGGAGCAGGCGGCGGCGCUGGGCUCGCUGGAGCUGCUCAGCGGCCCCGAGCGCGCCCAGGUGCGCCAGUUCCUGACGCGCUGCCUGGCCCGGCUGCGCGGCUCCGACCGCCGCCUGCCCCAGGUGCUGCAGCUCUCGGACCUGCUGCAGCGCGGCAUCGGCGUCCACCAUGGCGGGGUCCUGCCCCUGCUCAAGGAGAUCGUGGAGAUGCUUUUCAGCCAGGGGCUGGUCAAGGUGCUGUUUGCCACCGAGACCUUCGCCAUGGGGGUGAACAUGCCGGCACGGACCGUGGUCUUCGACUCCAUCCGCAAACACGACGGGAACAGCUUCCGUGACCUCCUGCCAGGCGAGUACACGCAGAUGUCGGGGCGCGCCGGGCGCCGCGGGCUGGACGCCACCGGCACCGUCAUCAUCCUGUGCAAGGGCCCGGUGCCCGAGCUGUCCGACCUGCACCGCAUGAUGCUGGUGAGCGCCGGGCCUGGGCGCCCGUCGCCGCUGCAGUCGCGGUUCCGCCUGACGUACCCCAUGAUCCUGCUGCUGCUGCGCGCGCCCGCCCUGCGCCCCCACGACCUCAUGCGCCGCAGCUUCGCCGAGUUCCCGCUGCGCCGCGACGCCCAGGCCCAGACCCGGCGCGUGGCCGCCCUCAGGGAGGCGCUGGCGGCGCUGGGGGACCCCGAGGAGACGCCCGGGGACCUCGGGGACCUGCCCCAGUACCACCAGGCCGUGGUGGCGCUGCGCCGCGCCCGCAGCGUGCUGCAGAGGUGCCUGGCACAGCCGGGGGGGCAGCGGGUGCUGAGCCCGGGCAGGGUGGUGGUGGUGAGCACCCCGAAACACCGCAACGCGCUGGGGCUGGUGCUGCAGGUGAGCGCGGGGGGCGCGGGGGGCUCGGGCCGCUCCUUCACGGCUCUGGUGCUCUGUGAGAAGCCCCCCGAGGAUGGGGGAGCCCCCCCGGAGCCCCCCCAGGACGUGCCCUACCCCGAGGAGCUGCUGCUCACCCGCCUCUUCCUGCCCGAGGGUUUUGGGGUCCCCCCCAGGCCCCCCGGGCACUGCCUGGAGCAGCUGCGCCCCGAGGACAUCGUGGGGGUCACGGCCAAGAGCCUGAGGGUGAACCCCGAAACUUUGCUGCAGGAGCUGCGCCCCCCGAGGGGACCCCGGCCCCGCUCCCCCCCCCCUGGCGGGGGUCUCGCUGCCGCCCUGCAGGAGCUGGCCCGGCUGGCGGGGGGGGCCGGCAGGGAGGGGGGGCUGCCCCUGCUCGAGGCCUUUGGGGUCCCCCCCGGGCGCGACCCCGAGGCGGCGGCGGCGGCGGCCGAGCUCAGGGGGCUGGCGGCCCUGAGGGGCUUCAGGUGUGUGAGGAGCCCCCGAUUCCCACAGCAGUACUCCCAGUUCGCCGCCAGGCAGGAGCUGCUGCAGCAGCUGGAGGAGCUGCAGUUCCAGCUGUCGGACCAGUCCCUGCUGCUGCUGCCCGAGUACCACCAGCGCCUCGAGGUCCUCUCGGAGCUCGGUUACCUCGGUUACGUCUCGGGGGGCGCGGUGGCGCUGGGCGGCCGCGUGGCGGCGCUGCUGAGCACGGAGCAGUUGGUGCUGACCGAGCUCCUGCUGGGCAAUGUCCUGGCCCCGCUGCGGCCCGAGGAGAGCGUGGCGCUGCUCUCGUGCCUGGUGACCCCCGGCCGCGGGGAGCCCCCGCCCGAGGGGCUGCCCCCCGCCCUCGCUCAGGCCCUGGAGCGGCUCCGCGCCGUCGCCGCCCGCGUGGCCCGGCUGGAGCAGCAGCGCGGCCUCGGGCCCGGCCCCGACGACUUCGUGGCCCAGUUCGGCUUCAGCCUGGUCCAGGUGGUCUACGAGUGGGCCAGGGGCAUGCCCUUUGCGGAGAUCGCGCGCCUGGCGCCGGUGCAGGAGGGCUCGGUGGUGCGGGCGAUCCAGCGGCUCGAGGAGCUGCUGCGGGAGCUGCGCCAGGCCGCGCGCACCGUGGGCGACCCUGCCAUGGCCGCCAAGAUGGAGGCGGCCGCCGCCAUGAUCAAGCGCGACAUCGUCUUCGCCGCCAGCCUCUACACGCAAUAA